AUGAAUAGAACCAUUAGUUUAAAAAGAGUAAACACAUUACCGAAUGUGACCAAUGUUUGCGCAAGUGAAGAACAGUUGGAUACUGCAAUUUUCUACUGCCUAAAUGCACUUACUAAGCGGUACUCUCCGUCGGACCAGUUCCGGGCAAUCUUUGUUAAAGGAAUGUUUUUGAAACCCAACACGAAAGCUUUCGUACAUGUUCUGCACUUUCUGUUCAACAUAUACGACGCGAAGGAAUUUCGUAAACGAUUUUACUGGCCCAUAUUUGAUAAGACUGCAGAAACAGCGUUUCGUAGUUCUACCGUUGAGUAUAUAAAUUGGCUCGUCGAUCAGGGUAAACUAGAGUUGGAAAAGAUCAAAGCUCACACUGUAGUGCUACCUGGAGGAAUGAAAUUUAUGAAAUUUUUACUAAUAUUAAUUAGUUUUGUUCUUAAAGAACAACUACGGAAAAAUCGUGGUACUGGAACUGGUGGUAAAAUAGUCGCGAAGAGUGAUGUGAAACAUUUGCUAGUUUAUCACGCACAAUGGGAAGAAAUGGGAUCUAGAAUGAGAGAGAUAUUUCAUAGUGACUUGAGCUUAAUUAUGAGCCGUAUUCAGCAAAUUGAGGAUCUAUUAGAUGAGCUGUUUCAAAGUUGCUUGGGACCUGCAAAGCAGAUGAAUUUCGAGAAACUUAUGCAACUAUGGGGAACGUUUAACAGGACAUCUUUCGAGGAAAACGAAGGGCGACGGCAACGUUUAUUGAAUGUUACAGCUGAAUAUGAUAAAACUGUUGCAUUAGCUAAACGAAAACUAGAGCCGAAGGAAAUUACGUUGAAACUUAAUGCGGAUGAUUUGAAGGAAACACUUUACAGAUUGGAAGUAUUGUUUCCCGAUAAUGCCUAUCGGUUUCGCGAUGUAUUCGAUGAAUGCGGAAAAAUAGAUGCCGUGAAGUUAUUUGAAAUUAUCACAUUUAUAUUUCCAGAAAUAGAGCAACACUUGAAGAGUUUUACAGUGCGCAGUACAGAGUCUUUAAAAUUUGAACUCAAAGAGUUGUCCAGAGUGGCUGUGAAAUCGGAUAAUCUAUGUCAUGAAAUAGCCUCACUGCGAAGAAGUUUGCCCUUCAUGGAAGCCAAAUUUCAGGAACUGAUAAAUCAAGAAGAGAUAGACGAACUGAACAAUGAUCUCGGUAUCCGAAACAAAAUAUUCAAUACACCACCGAUAUCAAUUAACUUUCAAGAGGAAGGGGAUAAUGGAGGAGGAACCAGACCACUGCCCAAGCGGAAUCGUAUUGCUCUUUUCGAUGACGACCAGGUACAGCAGAUGAACCUGCGAAUGCGAUUGCUGUCUUCUAGUGUUUGUCAGUCAGUACUCAAAACUCCUCGAUCUGCCAAGAAAGUCAAACCAAAAGAUCCCUCAACUCCAGGUUCCGAUAAAGUAUUUGCUGUGCCUAAACCAGCGCGCAAGGAAAGAAUGAAUCCUCUUUCCAUGUUAAAUAAAAUCACUUCACAGGGAAAAUCUAAAAACAAACCUGCCGUUCCUCAGCAGCCGAUCAAUAGCACAAUGAACCUUUCCUCGUUGUCCCAUCUAGAUGACAUCACGUUGCGUCCAGAAUUUUCAUCUACUCUUCUGGGAACUCCGGAAAAACAAACCGCAUGCAACCGCCGCAGUAUUAACGCCAAUGAUACUUUGAAUGUUAAAUUAGAAGCUCAGUUAGUACCCGUUAUACAAAAUCCACAGCUUGUAACAACAAAUACACCCAAAAUGCAUGCUUCUCCGUGUUACAAAACUAUUUACAGUGAAAACCUGAUUCAGCAAACUACUACUAAAACAACGAUGUCUCCGGAUUCGUUAUUUUUGUUAAGUCAAACCACUACUAGAACGACCACUACUCGUCGGAGAAGCUCAAUUGUACAUUUUGAACAGCUGCAAACGUCACCGUCGGGAAAGCUCAACGCUCUGAUGUCGUCAGAUAUUGCUCCGGAGAUAUCUUUAUAUACGAACAACGAGGAAUGUGACCUUAUCGCAACCGAUGCGGUUGAGAACGAAAUUAAAGAC